UUCACACUGCUGACGCAUUUUUUAUUUCCGCUGAGUGGCAGUCAUGAGCAUGCUCAGGCUUCAGAAGAGAUUGGCAUCCAGUGUUUUGCACUGUGGCAAGAAGAAGGUGUGGCUGGACCCAAAUGAGACCAAUGAAAUUGCCAAUGCAAACUCCCGGCAGCAGAUUCGUAAGUUGGUGAAGGAUGGUCUGAUCAUCAAGAAACCGGUUACGGUUCACUCUCAUGCUCGAUGCCGUAAGAAUACACUGGCACGGCGGAAGGGCCGUCACAUGGGUAUAGGUAAGAGAAAGGGUACAGCAAACGCACGUAUGCCUGAGAAGCUGUGCUGGAUGAGACGAAUGCGUAUUCUGCGGCGACUUCUGAGACGUUACAGAGAGUCCAAGAAGAUUGACAGGCACAUGUACCACAGCUUGUAUCUGAGGGCAAAGGGCAACGUGUUUAAGAAUAAACGUAUCUUGAUGGAGCACAUACACAAGCUCAAAGCAGACAAGGCCCGCAAGAAGCUCUUGGCUGAUCAGGCUGAAGCCCGUCGCACAAAGACACGUGAGGCACGGAAGCGCCGUGAGGAGAGACAGCAGGCUAAGAAAGAGGAAAUCAUUAAAACUCUUUCCAAAGAUGAAGAGACCAAGAAAUAAGAUUAUUUUUAUCAUGUUCUAAAUGUUCUUCAGUUCACCAAGUGAUGAAAAUAAAUAUAAAAUGUAUUGUCUCAUUGUAAUUUAUUGUAUUGCUUAAGAGUUCCAGAGAGUGUGUGUGGAUGUACAGCCGUGGCCAAAAGUAUUGGCAGUGAUAUAAAUUUAGUUUUUUGCAAAGUUUUCUGCUUCAGAAUUUGUAGAUUAUUUUUUCACAUGUUUCUAUGGUAUACUGGAAAACAAUGAUGGGCGUUUCAUAUGUUUUAAAGGCU